CCUCGUCAUCUGAAAGACAUUCAAAAUGGAUCGGUUAGGGUUUUUCGAAUUGAGUUGCUUAAAAGCUGAGCACAUGCGGGGUUAGAAAGGGUUCAAGGUAACAUAAAACAAUAUAAGAACAUAGGUAAUCAUGCAAACUCAAUCAGGCAAUAUACAAAACAUCUAAGGGAUAUGGUCAUAGUGCAUUUCACGAUGGCAAGGGUUAUGAAAAGGUCAGAGCAUACAAAUAAUAAUUUAAUAUCAUGAAAUGCACUGCCCACCUCGGGGAUUUGCGAAAGUGUCUACAAACCCAUGAACGGAUUGGCAUAGAUGAUGCCGCCACCAGCCUCGGAACCAACACCAUUGCCCAAAACACCACCACCGUUAAUGCCGAUUCCCCCGCCGCCAGCUCCUCCUGCUCCGCCGCCGCCUACCAAUCCGCCCACUCCACCGCCGGACAAUCUGGAGGCCUUGCAGAGCUUCGUGGUGGCAUAGUCGCCAUCGCCCACCAGCGUGGCUAUGUCAUCGUCAUCGCCGUUCCGCGUAUUGCAACUGCUGCCCAGCAGCUGAUCGUAGCAGCUGACAUCCGUGCUGAUCACAUCCACCUCGAUGUCGUCGUCAUCCUUCUCCAGGCUAUUCCGAUUGCUGCCCCCCAGCGAGGAGUGCAGCGCAUGGGAAUCCUCAUAGCUGCCGCCGCCACUGUCAUCGUUGGCAUUGUUCGACUUGGUGUCGAUGUGGGUCUCGAACUCAUCGUGCAUGUACAGCUCCUCGUCCUCCUCCUCCUCCUCCUCCUCCUCAUCCUCCUCCUCGAGAUCCUCCUCCAGUUCGUGGGCAACCAGAUCACCAUCUUCGCCCACCUCCACACCGAGUUCUACUUCCAAAAGCGAACGACGUCGCGUGAAGACCUCGUCGUCUUGAUGAUUCGACUGCUGAUGAUGGUUCUGUGGCAAUAUCAUCACAUCCUCCUCGGCGAAACUGAGUCGCACAUUGGCACGACUGGCUCGAUUGCUACCCGUACCUGAGGCGGGACCGGAUCCGGAUCCGGUGCCUGCAGCACCAUUAUUUGCUGACGAUCCACCGUUGGGUCCAUUGAUGUACUCAUGGCUGAGACUGUUCUUGAUAUCACAGGACGACGAGCUGAACGUGAUCAGCUGGGACUUGCGUCUAUGCUGGAGCGUAUUGUAGCCAUUGACGGCGGAUAUGGUGGUCAUGGUGUGGCCUCCCUGGAGGGGCUGCUGCUGCUGAUGCUGCUGCGAUUCAAGGACAUCGAUGUUG